GACUUCUUACGACGCUGUGUGACGUUUUACGGCAGUGCCCACAGUUCCCCUGCGCCCAGCUUCGAGAUGGCUUCGUCGUUCUGGAAAGGUGUUGUCGGCGUGGGGCUCUUUGCCUUAGCCCACGCGGCUUUCUCGGCGGCACAGCAUCGAUCAUACAUGCGGCUCACAGAGAAGGAGCACGAGACGCUACCAAUUGACAUUGUCCUGCAGACCUUGUUGUCAUUUGUGAUGACCUGUUACGGGAUUGUCCACAUUGCUGGAGAGUUCAAGGACAUGGAUGCUUCCUCAGAGCUGAAAAACAAAACUUUUGACACACUGAGGAAUCACCCGUCGUUUUACCUCUUCAACCAUCGAGGUCGGGUCCUGUUCCGCACGCCGAAGGAGGAGCCGUCCUCCAACCAGCAGGCUCUGUCCAACCCCAUCAGGCUACGCAAGCUGGAGCAUUAGCACUGAGCCGGGGCCCCGCCCGCCUCAGACCCUCUCACCGCCCUGAUAGGAUUUGUUUUUGUUAGCCAGGGGGAGGGCUCUGAGAACUUAACUUCUUCCACUUAAAAAAGUUUUAUUUAUUAAUAAACUAAUAUGCUGUCCAAAAUUUGCAUCUCUGUCCAUAAAGUGGUUCCCACCAUAAUCGACACUGACUGUGCCAACCCUUCUGUUUUUUGUUUUUCUUUUCUCUUUUGAGCUAAAACAGAAUAGCACUGCUUUUGAAUUUAUUUUCCACGGUGGUUUGAUUUCACCCUCUCACUUCUCUCCCACCGCUGCUCAGGCCAAGUUUUAAGUUUGUAGAUGUGAGCUUUAUAAACAAAAGAUCCCCCUUGUUUCCCCGAAUGUCGUCCUGCAGCCUCAGUGUAUCUUGUUUGCGAGGGAAGUUGUUUAUCAGGAUGGUGAGAAGUGAAAGCAGGAAACAUUACAGUCUUUCUAAUGACACUUUGGACCUUAAGAUUCAAACAGCUCGGUUCAUUUCCGCGAGUUUAGUUUUCCAUUAUUUUUACGUUUUGUUGACAUCCUACAGACUGUUUUUAAUUUAAUAAAAUUCAUACUGGUUUUACAAA